UUAUGAUCAGCUGUUUGGUAGACUUGAAGUUCAAGGUUCAAUCAGCUGGGAUAAUCAUUCCUGUCGUCUGCUGGCUGUCAGCUGUCUCAGUCAAGAUGAGGCGGUGUUGUGUUCAGGUAGCCGUGGUGUUUGUUUUGUGUUUGAUGACACUAUCUCUGGGAUCCUCUUUACCCCCGGACCCCGCCGUGGUCAGGACAGCUCUAGGUAACUUGAGAGGCAAUAGCUUGGUUACCUACACUGGCACAUCCUUCUUUGCCUUUAGAGGAGUAAGGUAUGCAGAGGAGCCUACAGGAGAUUACAGAUUUAAGCCGCCAGUCCCGGUGAAGCCGUGGGGGUCUCAGGUCCGAGACGCAAUGGAGGAUGGACCCGUGUGUCCACAGCCCUACGCUUCACAGAUAGGACCCAAGUGGUCAGAGGAUUGUCUUUUCCUCAAUAUUUACAGCAAAAAGCUAUCUAAUAAUGCCAAGCAGCCAGUGAUGGUGUUCCUCCACCCUGGUGGUUAUGCUGCUGUCACAGGGAGCAGCUACUGGGAUGGUCCACAAUAUCUGCUCGAAAAGGACAUUGUACUAGUCACUAUCAACUACCGCCUUGGAGCUCUAGGGUUUUUGAGCACUCAAGACACCAUUUUGCCAGGGAACUACGGUAUGAAGGACCAAGUGGAAGCUUUCAAAUGGGUCCAACAGAACAUAUUGGCAUUCGGAGGUGAUCCUGACAAUGUGACUAUCUUCGGGUACAGUGCAGGUGGAGCCAGUGUCACUCUUCACAUGGUGUCCCCGUUGUCUAGAGGCUUGUUCCAUAGAGCCAUAGCUAUGAGUGGAUCUUUCACAUCAGGCUGGGCGUUAAAUCGAGAUCCUAAAUCACUGGCCUCUCGACUCGCUCGACAUCUGGGGUGUUCAUCCUCUGACUCCAGACUCAUCUAUGCUUGUCUCAUGUCUCACUCUGCUGAGCAGAUAGUCAAUGCUACCAGUCUUAUAAAGGAUUUUGCAUUUGAGCCAAUAGCCUUGUUUGCUCCUGUGAUUGAAGUAGCUACAGAUUCCAACCCAUUUCUACAAGAAGACCCUCUAAUUCUCAUCCGAGAUGGUCGUUUUGCUCAAGUUCCCUUUGUCACUGGAAUUACUAGAGACGAGUUUGCUGCAAGAGGAUAUUAUGUACUACAAAAUAAGAGCCUUACAGAAGAGUUUAAUAACAAAUUUGAAAAAUUUGCCCCAAUAGAAUUUAUGUAUGAAAGGGAAGGUGAACGUUCAAGUAACAUAAGCGCAGAGAUAAAAAGAUUUUAUCUUGGUGAUCAGAAAAUAAGCAAUAAGUCAAAAACGCAAUUUAUGCAGAUUUACACUGAUUCAUUGAUAACAUUUUCUGUUGUUCAAACUGCUCGGUUAUUUGCUGCAAAAAGCUCAUCAAGUGUGUAUUUAUAUUUAUUCGACUAUCAAGGAAAAUACAGCCACAAUUAUGUUCCUGGCACAAAAACCCCUCUAGGUAUAGCCCACCAUGAUGAUCUCAUCUACUUGUUUUAUAUUUCCAAACUGUUCCCGGAGUUUAACUCUUCAGAUCCAGAUGCAUCAAUGGUACGAAUCUUGACUUCAACAUGGACAACCUUUGCAGCUACAGGAAUCCCAGGUAACCCAUGCAAGUCAACCACGUGGGAGCCACUGAGACGAGGGGAUGACAAGUUUCUGAUGAUCAACAGAUGUUACCGCAUGGUUCAGGGAGUCCCCUUCCCUCGUAGGAUGGCUCUUUGGAACUCCCUAUUUCCACUGUCUGGACCAAGACAACAAUAUUACUAGACUGUGACAGUCCCUUGGGCUCCACCCCAGUGGCUUGUAAAGUUCCCAUGUUAUCCUUAUGAAGAAAAUAAUUGUUUACAUUAUGAUCAUGUGGAUAAUUUAAUUUCUGUUAAUAUUUUAGUUGUAAUUUAAGGAAACGUGUGCUACAAAGAAUAUCUGUAUUAUUAAUUCUGUAAGCAUAUUUUUUUUUAUCAAAAUUGUGAUAGUUUACCAGGAUGAUGGGGAGGG